GAAGCCGCCCGCGAGCCGGCGGGCGACGCGCACCGGGACAGGGUCCCCCACCGGCGUGCGGGCGGCUGCGCCCGCGCCUGCCCUUGUUUGGCCGCGCGGCCUCGGGGGCGGUGCCGUCCGCGUCAGCGGCGCCCGCGGUGACGGCGACGUGCGGCCCGCGCCACUGCCGCCCGCGGACGCCGCGGACCCCCGGAGCUCAUGGCCCAGGCGAAGAUCAGCGCCAAGGCCCACGAGGGUCGCUUCUGUCGCUCCUCGUCCAUGGCAGACCGCUCCAGCCGCCUGCUGGAGAGCCUGGACCAGCUGGAGCUCAGGGUUGAAGCUUUGAGAGAUGCAGCUACUGCUGUUGAACAAGAGAAGGAAAUCCUCCUGGAGAUGAUCCACAGUAUCCAAAACAGCCAGGACAUGAGGCAGAUUAGUGACGGAGAAAGAGAGGAAUUAAACCUGACUGCAAACCGCCUGAUGGGCCGGACCCUCACCGUUGAGGUCUCAGUGGAAACAAUCCGAAAUCCCCAGCAGGAGGAAUCCUUGAAGCAUGCCACGAAGAUUAUAGACGAGGUGGUCAGUAAGUUCCUGGAUGACGUGGGGACUGCCAAGAGCCACCUAAUGUCCCUCUACAGCGCGUGUUCGUCUGAGGUGCCGUCUGGGCCAGUGGACCAGAAAUUUCAGUCCAUAGUGAUCGGAUGCGCUCUUGAAGAUCAGAAGAAAAUCAAGAGACGGCUGGAGACGCUGCUGAGGAACAUUGACAACUCCGACAAGGCCAUCAGACUCCUAGAGCACUCUAAAGGACCCGGUCCCAAAGCUCUGCAGAACAUGGACAGCAAACUUAAUUAGACUUGAAACCCACGGGCCCUUACAAAGGCUGUAACAAAAAGAAAAACCACUAUUUUAAAUAACCAGUCCUUUGUGUUGGGUAUAACCACUUACACCUCACACUGUUAACUGUUUCAGAUGAGGAAAUGUCCCAGUGUCAACAGAUACACAACACUUAAGAAGUAUUUCGGUUGCCUCCUAAGAAGUUUUGCCUUGUCUUGAGCUGGACUCCAGCACUGUAUGUUUACCCUCUGAUGCACACAUAGCAUGUGGGAAAAUAAAUAAAGGAACAGAUGCAUCAUUGCUCUGUCCUUGACUUCAGUACAGAUGCACCCGGCCCCUGGAGCAGUGUAGUCACACCACAGUGUGAACAGCACCCAGCCCCUAGAGUAGUGUAGUCACACCACAGUGUGAACUGAGCACCCAGUCCCUGGAGCAGUGCACUCACACCGGUGUGAACUGAGCACCCAGCUCUGGGAGCAGUGUAGUCACACCACAGUGUGAACAGCACCCAGCCCCGAUAGCAGUGCAGUCACACCACAGUGUGAACUGAGCACCCAGCCCCUAGAGUAGUGUAGUCACACCACAGUGUGAACAGCACCCAGCCCCGAUAGCAGUGUAGUCACACCACAGUGUGAACAGCACCCAGCCCCUAGAGCCGUGUAGUCACACCUCAGUGUGAACAGCACCCGGCCCCUGGAGCAGUGUAGUCACACCACAGUGUGACUAGAAUACCCAGUCCCUGGAGCAGUGCACUCACACCACAGUGUGAACAGAGCACCCACCUAAUACCUGGAGCAGUGUGUUCACCCCAGUGUGAAUGGAGCACCCAGCACCCGGGGAACAGUGUACUCACACCACACGGUGUGCCUACAAGGAUAGAAGGAAACACAUCAGAGCCUCACCCUGCAUGUUCUCAGUUUUUGGGCCAUCUGUUUUAUGCAUCUCAUAACAUGUAUUUUUAUGUGUGUGGAAGCAUGACAUCCUGUGCGAGGAAACGGCCUUUGUUUUACCCCACGGUGAAGAUCUGUACCCACCAGGCUGCAGCUGCCUCCCUCCAGCGUGGGUGUGGAUGGGCUGUCCUGAAGCCACCGUGUGUGCAGUGGGAGCAUAGGACGACGACCCAGGAGUCACUUCUCUGGGCAUGUGGGUGGGUUCAACUUGUUGCUAUGACUACAGCAUAUUUGUGUCCUUAGAGCUUUUUUCCCCUCUGUUCUUGGUCUUCUUUGUAUAAAAUUCCAUUCUUGGGUUCAUUGGGCCAAGAGAUACAUACAUUUUCAUGGCCUAAAAACAUAUUUCUAAAUUUUUAUAAGUUUUGUCAGUUUGUACUGCCUUCAGUAAUUAAAAGAAUCCGUUUCAUCGAA